AUGGCACAACAACAACAACACCGUGAUGAUCUUCAACAUAUUUCUAGAACCAAUGAUAGUGAGAUCAAUGACCGUGAUAUUCGGAAGAACGACGGAAUAUUCGGAACCGGAGCUCCCGCGGACCCAGUAGCAUUGUACGCUUAUGAAACAACUGGUAAUGCUCCUGGUAUUGGUGCUGGUGUUGGUGACAUGCCAGAGUAUGGAGCAAACAUCACCACAACCACUGAAUACACUGCUGUGUAUGGUACUACUGCUGCUCCUGGAUUUGGUGCUCCAAUGGCCGGUGCUGCAGCUGGAGGUGGUGUAGGCCCGUGGGGACAAGAAGCAAACGCUGAUCUUCGUGCUGCCGCUGGAGGUCAGUGGGGACAAGAAGCAAACACUGGUCGCGGCAGUGCUGCUGGAGGCGGCCAGAGAGGACAAGAAGCAAAUGUUGAUCGUGCUGCUGCUGGUGUGGACAAUACUGGAAAGAACAAGAACAUGAAUGUGGGUAGGGAUCAGAAAUAA